GCCCUACUGAGAGUAAUGUUACAGAGCUGAGAGCAGAGUGAGAAGACUGCGUAUCGCUAUUACCUCCACACAGCCAUUGCAGUACAGUGGGAAUCAGCAGCCGCCUUUGGGAUAUAAGGAAGAUGGUGAAAGACCCAGCAAAACCAAGAGGCAAAAUGUCCUCUUAUGCCUAUUUUGUCCAGACCUGUAGAGAAGAACAUAAGAAGAAACACCCUGACACAUCAGUCAACUUCUCAGAGUUCUCUAAAAAGUGCUCUGAGCGGUGGAAGACUAUGUCAGCCAAGGAAAAGGGAAAGUUUGAAGAGAUGGCCAGACUUGACAAGGCUCGCUAUGAGAGGGAGAUGAAGAACUAUGUUCCUCCCAGAGGCGAAAAGAAGAAGAGGUUCAAGGACCCCAAUGCUCCCAAGAGACCCCCGUCAGCCUUUUUCAUUUUCUGUGCGGAAUACCGGCCCAAAGUGAAAGAGGAGACCCCAGGUCUGUCAAUUGGAGACGUGGCUAAGAAGCUUGGGGAGAUGUGGAACAAGACCUCUGCUGAAGAGAAGCAGCCUUAUGAGAAGAAGGCAGCCAAGCUGAAGGAGAAAUAUGAGAAGGACAUUGCUGCGUAUCGAAAGGGAAAAGUUGUAGGGGGUGCUGCGAAGGCCCCCACCAAGCCAGACAAAGCCGAUGAGGAUGAUGAUGAAGAUGAUGAGGAUGAUGAUGAAGAUGAUGAGGAAGACGAUGAGGAUGAUGAGUAAAUUUGUUACAAAUUAGAGCUUAAAUUCUUGUUUAUAAAAGCAUUUAACCCCCUGUACACACUUAACUAUGGCCAUAAAUAGGCAAAUGUGGAAAAGUGAGAAGGUUAAGACAGUGUAUAUGAUAUGGUUUUUAAGCUGUACAGUCCCCCCUUUUGUAUAGUAACACUACAAGAGUGUAAUGUGUUUGUCUCUCCUCCUGUAUCACUGUACUUUGAAUUUCUUCCCCUUUAUUUUUGGGGUUAUGGUAGUCCCUAAACCCCACCCACAACAGUCUAGUGUGGAUUGGAGGUUGGUGGGUUGAAUAAAACAUUGGCUUAGAAUUGGACAAUUAGGUUGUGCAUCACACAGCCUAGUUUAAUGUGAGGUUAUAGUUCAUAUCUUAUUUUAUUUUUCACAUCACUAUUGUUAGUAAAAUGCCAUAUCAAUUGUUUUACUGUACUUUGAAUACCACUGUAAUUGCCACAAUGACUAAAAGAGAAAAUGCCGUUGUUACAUUGACAUUCUGGUAUGCUUCUGACAUCAAUUUUUUUUUUUUUUUUAAUAAAAAUGUUUUCAGUUUUCUACAUUGCAAUAAAAUUGGGCUGGGAACUUGAAAAUAAAAUUUAUUUAGUUUUUGUGUUGUA